CAGACAGGGAGACGCUGCCAUGAAUUGCAAAAUGAAGCGUUUGGGAGCCGCUUUCACUAGAACUUUUCAAGUUGCUAGUGCAUUUUUCUUAAACAGAACUCUGACAUCCAACUCCUCAAGCAAGCUGCCUGUUGUAGCAACUGUUUCUGUUGAGAGGAAGAAGCAUCAAGGUGUACCUACACAAGAAAUAGUGGGCAUAAUCCAAGUUGUCAUGGGUGAUCUCACACAAGAGAAAGUUGAUGCCAUUGUGAAUGCAGCAAAUGGGCAUCUACAGCACAGGGGAGGGGUUGCAGGUGCAAUCGUAAGGCGUGGUGGUAUUUCAAUUCAACAAGAGAGCGAUAACUACAUUGCCAAGCAUGGUGCAGUACCGACUGGUGAAGUAGCAAUAACAAAAGCAGGGAAUCUUCCUUGUAAAGCUAUCAUACAUGCUGUUGGKCCAAUAUGGGAUGGAGGCAGUAAAGGCGAGGAGAAAGAUCUACAUAAUGCAGUGCUGAAUUCUCUCAAAGCAUGCAAUCAAAACCAGUUUGGAAGUGUCGCAUUGCCAGCAAUUAGCAGUGGGAUUUUUGGCUUUCCAAAAGACCUGUGUGCAAAGAUUCUUUUUACUGUCGCAAUAGACUUUCUCAGCUCUGAAGAGAACACUUCACUAACUUGUGUACGCUUUACAAACUUUGACGAACCAACAGUAAGCGUGUUCAAACGUCAUGCCCAAACUUUGGCAAACAAACCCGGUUUAGUGGUUGAAUUGAGUGAAAAUGAGAAGUCCAAACUGUAGGGCUUGCACUGGCAGUUAUAGGAUUAGUGUAUCGAUACUGCAACAUGUAGACCGGUUCACAACAUGACAUAAGCACAAACGUAAGUUGGUUCAUACCGACGUAAGGAUGAGUAUCUGUUUAUGUGUUGCUCCAGAAGCAACAACAGCAACAGAAGGAAAGUUUUCAUUUCGUUUUGUUGUUUUCUAUAUCUUCUGUAAUAUUUUCGAUUCACACUUACAAAAUCAGCUUCUUCUGCUUAUCCUUAUGUCGCAUUGAGUCGUAGUGUGAACAAGUUUACAAAAGAAACAUUUCUCGUCAGUUUUUUGUCUUGUGUCCCACCCUGUUGAGAAUGCGUUGYAUGGCUCGUUGUUCGUUCAUUAGGUAGGCAGGAAGACACUCCUGCCACAAUGUUGUGCGCUUCACGUAUUCCACUUUAAGCAUAGCGAAAUUGUUUUGAAUUGUAGAAAAGGGAUGUAACACGUAAAGCGCGCGAAAUUCAAAUAGCGCGCGCAAGCUAUAAAUAAUAAAUUGUAGUCUUAGUAACUCUAGUGAAUGAAUUAAGAUAACUUGKUGUAGCGAAAGGAGGAGGUGUAGGGGUUUUGUCAACUAUCGACGCAAACAAAAUCACAUGCCUUAUUUUAUUGUCACGUUACAAUAUAUUUCUUUCUCUUAGCUUGCGUUGCUUGUAUAUUAGUUUGACAUUUCCAAAUUAAAUAUGCUUUUAUUGAACAAAUGAGA